CACGAUAUUCAGUGUCGCUUGACCUUUCCAUACCUCGUCCACCGGCCCGGACAAUUACCUCUGCAAAUGCUUGCUCGAGCAAGCCAUAAUGGCGGCAGCUAACAAUCCCUUCGGGGCGCCUUCAGCUCCGGCUGUCAACCCUUUCGCGAAACCAAUUCAAGCCGCACAACCGGCCCAAACAGCAUCGGUUUUUGGCAGCUCAUCAGCUCCUAAUCAGAAUCCGUUCGGGAAGCCCAUUUUUGCCCAGGCGCAAUCGUCCGCGCCCAGCGCCAGUCCCUCCCCUUUUGCUCAGAAUCCUUUCGCGAAGCCAGUAGGACAGACGAAUUCUGCGGGCGGAAACAAGUCUCCAUUCUUCGGCGCGCAAUCCACAACACAACAAGCAACCGGCUUUGGGGCGGCGAAUGCCAACGCCAUGAAAAGGCCACAAGGGUUUGGCGGCGGAAAGCCGUCUGGUUCCAGCAACGGAUUCGGAAAUUCACAAGCCAGUCAGAUGUUUGGAAAGGGAAAGGCCACGCCGCAACAACCACAACAGUCAGGCGGCCGUGAUGCUGGAGCGACACUGGCGAACAAGUUCCAGCGCGGCCAACGGAAGAACAAUGAGCGCCCUGCGAAGACCCAGCCGAGUGCGACGCGUGCUGUCGGCAUCAAGAGCACCUCUGGCGCACCGACUCGAGAACCGACCGAGCGUACACGCGAGUUGUCCGAGUUUGCUUAUAAUUUUCACAACAGAAUCAACGACCAGUUAAAGAAAGACAGCCUGAAGCCACCCCAGUGGCCGACGACCGAACUUGGCAACCCUAACAAGCGCGACGAUGUUGAGAACCUCAAGCAGUCCUACAAGAAAUACCGUACCCGCGUUUAUGAUGCCCUACGGAAGGUCGAGCUUAUCGAUGACCCGGAAAAGAGGAGGAAGCUUGAGGAUGCGUUACCGUUUAAGGGUAUCUGUGAGGAUAUGUGCCCAGAGUUUGAGCAGAUCUCCCGUAUCGCCGAAUUCGAUGUCAAGAACGAAGAGAAGGAAUCCCAGCCCGGCGGUCUCACGGCUUGGCCAGAACCUUCGAAGAUGGUGAAGAAGUUUGGUCGAUCUGCAGCCGGUCAAGAUGCGCCGCUCCCUAUGGAUGUCCGCUCUAUCGACGCUUUACGAAGAACCACCGACUACCUCUUUAACGACCUUUUACAGUCUGAGAACAACCUACCAUCCAUGCACAACUACCUCUGGGAUCGCACACGAGCAGUACGCAAGGACUUCACAUUCCACUCGCAAAAGUCGGCAGAAGAGAUGAAGGACAUGGUCUACUGUUUCGAGACCAUCACUCGCUUCCACGCCACGGCUCUCCAUCUGUUGUCUCGGAAGGGGUUUGCAAAUGAGGAUUUCGAGCAGAAGCAAGAAAUUGAGCAACUGGGCAGGACCAUCCUCUCGUUGAUGGAGGCAUACGACGUCUGCAAGGAGAAACACGUCCUUUGCGAGAAUGAGGCGGAAUUCAGAGCUUAUUACCUACUUCUCAACGCACACGAUCCCUCUAUAGCACAGAGGAUUCGUACGUGGGGAAAGGAGUAUUGGUUUGAGUCCGAAGAGAUCCAAACAGCACUAUCUCUCAUCCAGGUCAUGGAAGACUUGCGGGAGUCAAAGGGACCUAUCAAACCACGCCGAAUGACGACCAUGUCCGACACCGCCUUCACCAACUUCUUCGCCAUCGUCGAAGACCCGCGAGUGUCAUACACCAUGGCCUGUGUUGCAGAGGUUCACUUUACCUUUGUCCGCCAGUGCAUUCUCAAGAAUCUGGUCAAGGCUUAUGCGCGCCAACGCGAUGCUCCUAGGACAAUCACUGCGUCCGAUCUCAAUAAAAUGUUGAGGUUCGACACUGAUGAGGAGGCUGUUGCCUUCGCCGAGGAGCACAAUUUCGAGUUUACCACCUGGGUGCCCCCGGGAAAGCCAGCAGUAUCCGAGCCAUACCUUCUCCUGAAUAACAGGAGGAAGCAUGUCCCAUCGCCUAGAGUUCCCCAGUCCUACUCUGGGCAGUUGGUCGAACGGAAACGAGCUGGACAAUCGCUACCCUAUGUCAUUUACAACACGAUUUACGAAGAUGUUGCCGAAAAUACUUCUUCCAAAAGGGACUCAGAUGCUAAUGGCGGCGGUCUCUUUGUUAACUCUCAGCAAGCUUUGCCUGCUUUCACUAUCUCACAAGCCAACAAACCUCAAGAUGUCGUUUCAUCAUCACCAUUCACGUCUAUGUUUGGAGCUGCACCGCCAACUACCAAGGCGCCUGAGAGCACACCAAUGUUCCAAACAGCGAUAAAAGAUUUCGGUGCGCUCAAUCACCCCCCUACAGGAAAUACAACCACUAACUCGCCUCAAGCAACUGGUGUAACGACUUCGAGUCCCUUUUCUCGCCCUUCGCCAGCUCAACAACCACAACAGGCCGCCAGUCCAUUCGCCAUGUUCGGUCAACCAUCAGCCGUGCCACCAGCGACUCAAACUUCAAGUCCGGCUCCGGCUCCAAAGCCUACAAGUGUCUUCGGACAGGCCUCUCAAACCCCGCAACCGACAUUCAACUUUUUACAGCCUCAAGCGGCAAACCCAUCUCUAAGCUCCUCGGUGCCCACUGCUCCAGCAGCAGAUACUUCGAAGCCGAUCACAUCGAACUCGCCUGCUCCGGCCACUUCCGUUUUCAGUUCGGGCAGUGCGCCGGCCAACCCGUUCGCGUCUCUUUCAAACCAGAAUACGAGCACUGCUCCAGCCAAAUCCUCAGAGACCACACAGCAAACGCCUUCAGGAUUUACGUUUGCUCCAACAGCACCUAGCCCUAAACCUCUACUUAGCUUCACUGCAACCGCAGGAACAGAACAACAACAACAACAGGCCAGUACCCCGGCGGUGCCUACGCAAACCCAACUGCCAGGGACGCCUUCGGUGAUACCUACAACACCCUCAGUCUUCUCCGUCCCUCCCAAGCCAGUCGAAAGCACGGCGCCCACUCCACCCGCAACACAGCCAUCAACAGUCUUUGCUCCGCAGGCCGCUUCCAACCCACCUUUUGGAAUCAAGGGCACAUCCAAUGAUGGUUCUGCUUCGUCUUUGUUUCCUACGGCACCGCCUUCGCAGCCCUCGCAAUCCACAGUUUCUCCCUCGCAACCUGCUCCUCCGAGGGACUUGAUGGGUGAUUUUGCGAAGUGGAUUGUCAUGGGUGACGGCGGCGUGCUGGAAGAGUUUACAGCCCACUACCUUCAAGAAUUGGUAGAGGGCGCCUUCAAUCAGCACUUGAAAGAGGAAGCUGAGCGCAGGCGCAGAGAGGAAGACGAACAGUCGUGGAGAGAAGCACGUGCACAUAUGAGAGACCGGCUACAGCUCAAAUACUUUUACCGGUGGCGGGAAGCUGCCAGGAAGUUGGCACAGAGACGAAUUCUUCGUGAAGGAAAGGAGAAGAUGCGACUAUACAGAGAACAGGAGCAGCGUGCGCGAAAGAAGAAGAAAGAAGAUGAGGAGAUGUCACGCAACCAAGAAAGGAUAGAAGCGAAGAGGAGGAUUCAGGCCGACGGUUCCCGACUCAAGCAAUUGGCGCUGAAUGCUUCCAGGGUUGGGCGGAGCCAGCAGCAAGUAGAGGAAGAACUUCUUGCCAGCGGUAUCUUCUCUGGGGCGCGUGACGAGCGCGCAGCCGUCCGCCGAGCCAUCAAGGAAGCUGCGACCAAUGGUGACUGGGGCUCCCCACAACCAGGGAAGACGUUUGGAUAUGGUUCAGAGUCAGGUUUCGAGCUUGAACGGGCGCCAUCAACGGCCUCCAGACGCCGGGAUGCUGGGAGCCUCAGAGGCUCACUGGCAGGUUCACCGGAAAGUACCGCCAGCAAAGAAGGUGGCAAGACGCGGGCGCUGCGCGAAAAGUUCGGUCUGGGAGGCCCUAGGGGAAGCUUCUCAUCCGUCGGCGGCAGCUCGGUUCAGUCUUCCAUGAUCACCAAGUUCCGCCAUUCACUCAAUGGAAUUGGCGUCAAUGGUGAGAACAGCAUGAUCAAGCGAGCGAGCAAUUUCUCCACUCCGCGAAAGCGCUCCAUCGAACCUUCCCCAGCUACUGAGGGGAGAGGUCCCAAGCAGCCACGGAGAUCAAUGCUGGGAAUGAGCUUGGCAAACACGAGCCUGCCCAACAUCAGCCUGAGACAAGGUACCAGCGCCAACAGUCCGAAACCUAAUGGGUUCAAGACUAGCCACUGGGAUCUCAGAGCUCGCGGACUGGUACCGAUGCCAGACGGACAGUGGCUCCCGGAAGCGAUUGCCACCGCCAUCAAAGAAGGCAAGCUCAAGCCACCCAGUCCUCCAACCCGCAACCACUCUUACUCACCCGCCAUUCGGCCAUCGACCGAACACGCUAUCCUGUCGGAUGACGACGAGUCCAUGGGCAUGGGCAGUACCUACAACGACAACGGAGACGAUGUUGAAGUGGAUGACUCCGCCUCCAUGACCAGUUGGCGCUUGAGAGUUGCAAGGCUCACCGGUUCCACUCCCCUCCAGCAACACCUCCAGCAAACACCCAAGCAACCGCCCGCCGACUACAGCACCUCCAGCAGACUUGCCAAACUCAAGGCAAGAAUGGGAUACGGAUCGCCAGCAGUCAGUGGCACGGGAUCUCCCGCCGUUCGUCCGUCACCCACGCCUUCUGCCGCUUCAGCGACAGCUCGGCCAUUCUCUAGAAGAGAAGCCAGCUGGAGCGCCAUUCUCGACAGAAAGAGGAAGCGAGACUUGGCGAACGAUGAGGCGGCGGCGGCGGCGGCGGCUGAAGGUUCUCCUGCUGCCCAAGGACAAGGACAAGGACGACCAGAUAAUUCUCCACCCUUGGCUAAGAAGGCAUACUAUGCUGCUUCGGCGGUCAGCAGAGGCAGUACCGCUGCUUUGUCAACGAGAGAGGAGACAAACGCGGCGGUGGAGGAGACGCAGAGGAUGCUGAGGGAGUUGAGGGAGACGAUGGAUAAGCUGGAUAGCGAUAAGGGGAUGUGGAGGGAGGAGGUGGGCGGUGGGAAGUCUUAGAGGUAUUACUUGCAUUGAGUGGGGAUGAGGAAUUGGAGAAUCAUUGAUGAAGGGAGACGAGCGAGACAGGAUUGAACUCAAAUAUGAGAUCACAUCAUAAGGUUGCUGAACAGAAGCCGAAGCCAGGCGUAGAUUGUAACGCAUUAAACAUAGAUAGGGAGGGGAGAUGGGAGCUUUUGCAUGCAUUCGGCGCACGGAUUACACUUGCUUCUGCUUUUUAGCUGCUUCAAGAGACCUACCAAACCAAAACCAUACAUAGCAUGACCAAGAGUGAUGAUACCCAA